GUCACAUGACUUCAGAAAACGAGAACAGGAAGUGUUCAGAAGCAGAAUAAAUGUGGGUCUACAAAAGCGUCUUAUAAUUAUAUUACAUUUAAAUAACACAUUUAGAUUAUCAGGGGUUUAACGAAGUACAUCAGUAAGGUAGUAUCUUUAUAGCGUUAAAGGACUGAAAAAACAAGGUCACUUGAACAAUAAGAAAGAGGACAGGGCGCGUCAGGAACUGUUUUAGCUGCUAAUUUUUGUUCGUCUCCUUGGUUUCUAAAUCACAAAAUGACAGCAGCCGUUUUUUUCGGCUGUACAUUCAUCGCAUUUGGCCCAGCCAUUGCUUUGUUCUUGUUUACAAUUGCUAGAGACCCACUGCGGGUCAUCUUUCUCAUAGCCGGGGCCUUCUUCUGGUUGGUGUCGCUGCUGCUAUCUUCAUUGGUGUGGUUCAUUACAGUUCAGAUCAGCAACAAAGAAAGCACCUCUCAACAGAAAGGCCUGCUCAUAUUCGGAGUGGUGCUCGCUGUACUCCUUCAGGAAACUUUCCGCUUUGGUUACUACAAGCUACUGAAGAAAGCAAAUGAAGGGUUGCUUGCUCUGAGUCAAGAGGAGACCAUGCCAAUUUCCAUAAGGCAGCUGGCCUACGUGUCUGGCUUGGGCUUUGGCUUCAUGAGUGGAGCGUUCUCAAUGGUCAACAUCCUGGCAGACUCUGCAGGCCCUGGGACUAUAGGGAUCCAUGGGGACUCCCAACACUACUUUUUGUCCUCAGCCUUCAUGACUAUGGCCAUCAUCCUACUGCACAUGUUCUGGGGGGUGGUGUUCUUUGAGGCCUGUGAGAAGAAGCACUGGUGGUCUGUGGGUGUGGUGGUCAUCAGCCACCUGCUGGUAUCUUGUUUGACGUUCCAGAACCCUCAGUAUGUGGGCAGUCUGGUGCCCACCUACAUCAUCAUGUUCCUGAUGGGAAUGUGGGCUUUCUCAUGUGCUGGCGGCUCCCUCCGGAACCUCAAACUAUGCCUCACCUGCAAAGACAAGGACUUCCUCCUAGCUAACCAUCGGCCUAGAUAACACUACACGAGACAGCCUCGGGACUCUAUCCAAAUGCCUCUCUAACACACACACACACACACGCAGAACCACUCAAUAAUGUGGACACACUGGGUUGAUUUAUAUUUGUUUUCUUUUUUUAAGGUCUAAUUAUUGUUAUGUUCUGUGUUGCAUAAAUUUGAUGGAUCAGGGUAUUGCUGUACUGUAGGUAAGAACUUCAGUGUUUGUAGAAUAUUGCUAUUGUAGGUGUCUUGCCACCCAGGUGAGUUGUUUUCCUUGAGGGAGCAACGCUCUUCAACCUCUCUUCCUUUGCCCCUCUUGGAGACCUAAAGCUGCUUUCUUUAGAUUGUGCCAUCCGGUUCUGUUUGGCAGUGAUAUUGACAAGAUUGCUGUUACUGAAAAAGGAAUCACAGAAUCUUAGUAAUGGGUUGUAGGUUUUGCUACUUGCCGGUCUUUGUCCAGACUUUUCUUUUUCCUUCAAAUGAUGGUACCCACCCACCAUUCGAUGGGCUUUGCUCCCUUUCUGGUUCUGUGCCUUCAAUAAACAUGAGGUCACAUCCCAUUUUUCCUUGUGAUUGUACCAAGCCAUUUUAUAGUGCUUAUCCAGUAAUACCUCAGAUGUUAAUUUCUGGUUGUGAUUUUGGAAAGUUGGGGCAACAUUCACUGUCCAUCAUCACUAGAGGACAAAUAAAGUCCAGAAAACUGACCUAGAGUGUUGCAUAUCAGUCAAUAUGGGACUCUUCCACAUCCUUUUUUCCAUACAGAUUUGUGUUGAACUUGUAGAUACCAAAUGUCCCAAAUACUAAUUUUAGUUUGACAUAUAAUUGAUUGCAUUCAUUAUAAUCAUCUUUUGUUGUUAAGCUUUAUAGUUUAUUAACCAGUUGUCAAUCUGAUUAUGGCUUCCCUUCUUAAGCAUGCCAAAUCAGUCAUUGUUUUGCAGAAAUUGUUAUUUAAUAUGUUUCGGUAGCUCAUCACAUUUAGCUUAAGGACUCCCAACUCUUCAUUUGGCUAGAUUUUCUUUUUUUACAGACCACUUUGCCAAGAGUAGCAGACCAUGCCUAUACCACUUCCUUGUAAAAACAUUCAUUAAUUUCAGUCAUACUAUUGCAAACCAAACAUAAAAUACAUCUCAACAUUAUUUAGAAAACAAACACUAUACUGCAAUUGUUUUUAUUGUACAGGUUUUGAUGCAAUUUGAAAUGUAUAGGACAUGUAUAAAUAGGAAAUGUUUUUAAAUGUCUAGUAAAAUGCUCAUGUCACACCAAAUAUCUUAGUUUUCAUUUUAAAUAUGACAGUUUAACAGGUUCACAAGAGUGAAUAAUGGUUUACAGUCGAAUUGAUAUGUC